AUGCAACCAAUAACUGUCUGGGGCCAUUGGGGAGCACCUAACCCAUGGAAAGUCAUCAUCAUCCUCAAAGAACUCAAGCUGCCGUACACUCAUCGCUUGAUCGAGCUUUCAGAUGUCAAGAAAGAGCCCUUGAUUAGCGUCAACCCCAACGGACGACUCCCAGCCAUUGAGGAUCCGAACACCGGCGUCAAACUAUGGGAGAGCGGUGCGAUCAUCCUCUAUCUAGUCGAACAGUAUGAUACCGAGGGCAAGAUCUCCAAUUACACUCAAGCAGAUAGGAUGGAAACGCAGCAGUGGCUCUUGUUUCAAGCCAGUGGACAAGGCCCCUGUCUAGGGCAACUCGCCUGGUUCGCCCGAUUCCAUGCCGAGAAACUGCCUUCGGCCAUCGAUCGCUAUGCACAGGAAGCGGAGCGACUGGUCAAGGUGCUGGACAGCUGUCUUGAGAAGUCCAAAUGGCUGGUCGGCGACAAAUGUACCUAUGCGGAUCUCAGCUUCGUUACAUGGGCACAUGUAGCCGAUGGGUUGUUCAAGCAGCUGGGAACGGCGGAAGUGCUGGACCGAUCUCCAAACUACGUGAAGUGGCUGGAUGAGAUGAAGUCCAGGCCGAGCGUGAGAGAAUGUCUUGAAGCGAUCACGGCCGGUCGAGCAGAGCAUGGCCUUCCACCCUAG